CACGCAGAAGCUCCCGCGGAAACAAAGCCCGACGCCGACUCCCCGCCACUCAGUCCACGCGCAAGCUUCGCCGUGAAAACAACUCCCGAAAAAUCUUUCAUUAGUAUUUCAAAGUGCACCGGACUGUCUCAAUCGGAUUAUUUUUCUCGUGCGUCUCAGAUUUAAUUACAAUAAACCACAAUGUCUCAACUGCAAGCCGGUCAGCAGCUGGUGAAGAAGACCAUGGAUGAGAUGAUCCAACAAAAACAAAGCACAGAAAAGGUUACCAUCCAGGCAAGACAGGAGUUCAGCGAGAGUUUCCAAUCAAGUUACGAAGAAGAAUUUGAAGAGGAGACUCACAUCGAUGCGCACGGAAACAAGACGUCAAAGAGAAUAGAAUCCAGCAGUGAGAGCUCUGAGCAUUCUAAGAGCGCCGAUGUCAAGGUGAAAGCUACGGGACUCAACAAUGAACAAGUGAAAGCACUUACAGACUGCGCAAACCAGGCAGGACAACUGGCCCUGGACUCUAAAGCCGCAAACUGAACGCAUGUAAUUUCCAAUCUCUAUAUUUGU